AUGUUUGGGAAAAUUUUUAUAUAUAAUCCUCUUUUAACAAAAUAGCAAUUAUAUCGGCUAACUAGUUAAUUCAAUUUAGGAGCCAAUUCAAGGUAAAUGUGGAAUGAAUAUCAAAACAAAGGAUUGCUAAUUUAAAUGAACCAUAGCAACGACCAAGCUCUCAUUCUACUUCACUAACUUUAAAAUAAAGAAUUACUUUAACUUGCAGAGUUCUAUCAGAAGAUUGUUUCAAAGAAUGGAAAAACUUCUUAUUACUCAAAGACUACUUUUUAAAAGAAAAAAAUCCAAAUAUCUAUUUCACAUUUUAAUCAUAUUUACAAAACAAAUUGA